CCCCCAUUGAAGCUCUUUUACCACCUUCUCUAUAAUAUUUGUAAAUAAAUAGUACCACAAAGUAUACUAUGAAGGGCACAAAAAGUAUGAUUUGGGAUAUAUAUUCUCCCAUUCUAGCACACUAUCGCUAGUUUCUCUCCCUAGCUCUUGUUUUUUCUUUUUUGGCUCACAAGCCAAGCCAAGCCAUGACGAGAAAGAAGGUGAAGUUGGCUUACAUCAACAAUGACUCCUCUCGAAAAGCCACUUAUAAGAAGAGAAAGAAAGGUCUCAUGAAGAAGGUAAGCGAGUUGAGCACACUGUGCGGUGUAGAUGCAUGUGCAAUCAUUUACAACCCAUAUGAUACUCAGCCUGAGGUGUAUCCAUCUCCAGCAGGGGUGCACCGUAUAGUGACAAAAUUCAAGAAGAUGCCCGAGAUAGAGCAGAGCAAGAAGAUGGUGAACCAAGAAACUUUCCUGAAGCAAAAGAUUAGUAAGGUGAGCGAGCAAGUGAAGAAGUUGAAGAAAGAGAAUCGUGACAAGGAGAUGAAUCGACUCUUGUAUGGCAAUCUCUCUGGUAAGAUGAACCUCCAAGGCUUGACUGUUACAGAUUUGAAUGAUCUCACUUGGCUUAUUGAUCAGAAUUUAAAGGAUAUUAAUAAGAGAAUGGAAAAAAUAGCUAAAGAUACAAAAUCCGCUCGAAUGGCCGCUGCUGCUGCAGCUGCAGCAACAGUACCUCCACUCAUGAAUGGGGAAGUGAAAGUCAAUGUAGCUGCUACUACUGCGGCAAAUAACAUUAAUGACCAUAGCAGGGCCAUACAGAGGCAGCAAUGGAGGGGAGACUCGAACCCUCAAAAUCAAGCUAAUAUUAAUAAUAAUAAUAAUAAUCCGAUGAGGUUUGGAGGAAGAGAUGUGAUUUUUCCAUUGGGAAACAACAACAAAAAUAAUUGGGUUAAUGACCACUUCACAUAAACUUUAACUAAGUUGUUUAGUCAUGGUGAUUAUUUGUGUUUCAUUUGUCUUAGUUCUUAUUCUCAUGUUGAGUUAUUUGUGUUUGGUGUGUUUUUUAUUCUCUUGUUGCCGGGUCACAAUCGUUGUUAAUUUUGUUUCAUGUUUUUCAAUUAAAUAAUAAUAUGAGU